UCAGAAUUCUAACGAAACCCAAUUCUAUGGAUUUGGGUUCUUCAGUAGGAUCUAAUUUUCAGCAUCCAGAGUUUCAACAAUUUCGGACCUCGACGUCUGGAUGUUUUCAUGUGUCACCGAACCGUCCCUGCAUAAUCCGAGUUGAGUUUAGCCCGCCAAUUUUUUAAGGGUAACAGAUUCCCUCGCCUCUCUCUCUCUCUCAAGUUCUCGAGUGGCCGGAGGGGCAAAAGGAGCAGGAAGAUCCUCUUGAUUUCACGAUCAAGAAGUUUUGUCUCUCAGAUGGUCCAAAGGUAAUCGAAUGCACAAACACAAUUCCUCUACCUCUCUGUGAUUCUGGUUUUUCUUCUUUCUUCUCUAUUCUGUUUUGCGUUCAGGUCACGUUAAAACGAAGGCCACAAUCAGUAACGAGCAGCGGCUCAAGUGACUCAAGUUGAGAGUCCGAGACUCCGAAAUUGAAAGUAAAGCAGAGUUUUUACUUUCCCUCUAAAAAACUCUCGAAGCAUUUUGUUUCCCCGCCCGGCGCCCAACCCUCGCCAAAUCAGAAAGGGGGAAGCGGAAGUGCCAUAUCCUUUCCCUCUGCGAAUCUGCCGCGGUGGCCAGGUCGGCGGUCGCCCGUUGCAGCGUCACUCCAUCAUUCAUCAGAGAUUCAGAGACCCGCCAGUCCGACUCCGGCGUUGUCUACUUGUCUCUCGCAUAGCUACGCCGCCGGCGCCGAGUCGGGUCUGAGGGAGAGUAAGCUGAGGCUAAGCAGACAUUUGUGGAUAGAAAGAAAAGCAAUAAAUUGUAAAGCUAGAACUUUUGUUUGUCUAUGGCCCAAUACUAUGAAAUAGAUAACAUAAUAAUGGGGGAAGAGCUUGUUUCAGUUGUCUUCAGGGUAGGAGCUAAUGGCGUUGGAGUAUUAGAUCCUGGUUCAGAUAGUAAUACUGUGGAACAAGGUGCAAAGGUUGAUCUGCCAUUUUGGCUUGCAUAUGAACUGUAUUUGAGACAAGCAGUUACCCUCAAUGUGCCUCCUGCUUUCAAUCAAAAGACAAGAAAGGAAAUUCAAGCUGAUCCUGCGUGUGUGGAUUUAAGAAGUCGAUGUCCGUACUUCUAUGAAGUGGGUUGCAAAAUUGCUCCCUUGGUUGGUGAUAGGAGCAUUGGUUCCUUCCUCCUUGAUGCAUUUAGAGGUCGGUAUAGAGAAGUGCUUAGCAAGGCACACAGCACUGCAUCUGUGGCAGCGUCCAAGUCUAUCUUGUCAAAAGAGGAGUGCGAAUUAUUUAAUGCAGCAGAAAACUCUAUGGCUUCAUUCAAAAAAUGGCGGGUAGAGGGGGCAAGGCUGGAGAAAGCAUCCAUUCUUGGGAGGAAGAGGAGAUCAACAGAUUAGGUGUUCAAAAUAGCAAAACAAUCCCCCCAUUCUUGUUUCUGCAUUACAGUUUCAUUAUCCCUCCUUACUUGAAGGUCAACUAAAUUAUAGCAGUUUGUUGACCUUUUGUCAACUGCAAGUUUUCUGAGUGAUCUGACACGACAUGUUAAAUGAGUCUUUGAAGCAUAUGUUGUGUUAACUAUUGUGACCUUGGAACACUGACACAUGCAUCUCGUUUGCACCUUGAAGCAGCAUGUUUGCAAUGAAUAAUCUAGUGGAAGUGGUUUACUUACCAUAGGGAAA